CCGAGAACACCGUAACUAGGCAGCGUUUGACAGGAGGCUGUCCUUGGUUAGCCAAGCUAACCAGAGCGAGCUAAACAGCGAAAACAAGUCCUCUGCGUAAACAAAUCCUCUUCAUGUAUAUGAAGUUGUCGCCCCCGGUUUCCAUGUGCAGCUGGCUUGUUGCAGAUCCUGUGAUUGCGUGCCCCACCAUCCCACCCUGCCCCCCUCAGGUCAGAACUGAGGGCUGGGGUCAGGUUUUGUGCUAAUGUCAUUCAGUCCUGGUGAGGAGGGGGGUCUAUCUGAGGCUGCCCCAAACGUCAACACCCAAGACCUGUUUGACAACCCCAGUCAGACUUUGGCUCCAGGGAACACAUCUGAGGAUCAGGUGUCGCCUGUGGUGGAUGAGGCCUCUCCUUCUUCCACGUCCUCCUUUGAGAUGCUUGACAUGGAGUCGGUCCCAACUCCUUACCAAGAAGUGCAGCCUCACUGGUUCUUCUGUCGACGGGCUAAUGACGGCACCUCCUGGCUUCCUUUCAGCAGAGAAGACUCUGACAAACUAGAGUGGGCCUGCAACACUGGAGACAAGGAGGAGGAGGUGGUGGUGGCUGUGGAUGGAGAGCGGUAUGAUGUACACGUCAGGGAGAGGAAGCGCUACGCUGUGUACUGGGAGCAAGCUCCCGCUGAAGUCCGCCGCUGUACCUGGUUCUACAAAGGAGAUAAAGACACCAGGUUCAUGCCUUACCCCGAGGACUUCAGCAAAAGUCUGGAGGAGGCAUAUAUGAUAGCAGUGACCUUGGGCGAAUGGAAGAGGAAACUGGAGUUUCCCACUGGAGAGACUGUUAUCUUACACAAUCCCAAACUGAUAAUGCAGUAUCAGCCAAUAGGAUUGCAGGAUGAAUGGGUGUCCUCCCCCUCGGAGCAGACCCGACCUCGAACGGUCAAGAGGGGAGUAGACAACAUCUCUGUAGAAAUACCUGAUGGUGAACCAGAAAAGGUGGACCACCUUGUCUUUAUGGUGCACGGCAUCGGGCCUGCAUGUGACUUGCGCUUCAGGUCCAUCAUACAGUGUGUAAAUGACUUCAGGAGUGCCUCCCUGUCCCUCCUGGCCUCUCAUUAUAAGCGUGCUCAGCAGGACGGGCAAGUGGGCAGAGUUGAGUUCCUCCCAGUCAACUGGCACAGCGCACUACACGGGGAUGCCACUGGUGUGGAUGAGGACAUCCAGAGGAUCACUCUUCCCAGCAUCAGCAGGCUGAGACAUUUCACCAAUGACACGCUGCUGGACCUGUUUUUCUAUAACAGCCCCACCUACUGCCAGACCAUAGUGGACACAGUGGCGUCAGAGAUCAACAGGCUGCACACCCUCUUUAAACAGAGACACCCAGAAUUCAGCGGGGCAGUUUCAGUAGUGGGCCAUAGCCUAGGCUCGCUGAUCCUGUUCGACAUGCUAACCAAUCAGAGGACUGGUUCAGAAGCCAGAGAGAGGGUGCCCUCUGGUGAGCCCUGUCGUCCAAACUGUGACACACUGGAGCAGACUCUGACCAAACUGGGUCUACAGCAAUACCUGGAUACACUGCAGGCAGAAAACCUCGACCUUGAAUCCCUGGCUCUUUGCCACGACAGUGAUCUCAAAGUUUUAGGAAUUCCCCUUGGACCUCGUAAGAAGCUCCUGAACUACGUCAAGAGGAAAUGGCUUCCAGAGGAUUGCAAGACAGAGACAGCACGUCUGGCACCAGGGUUACAAGUUCCACCUCAAGUGAACAGUGAUCAUGAUGGUUAUCAGUCUUCAGGACUGACUGCGCAGCAACAGCAGUUUCACAGGGCACAGUCUGUCACCAGUGCUGUAGACUAUGAAUACUUCGACGUGGGUAUCGGACAGGUAUCCAUUGAUUACCCGCAGCUGGCAUUCCACCCUCAGACGUUUUUUGCAUUUGGCUCUCCCAUUGGAAUGUUCCUGACCGUCCGCGGGCUUAAACGCAUCGAUCCAAACUACACCUUCCCAACCUGCAAGAGCUUUUACAAUAUCUACCACCCGUACGACCCUGUGGCCUAUCGGAUAGAGCCCAUGAUUGUUUCAGAGGUGGAUCUGGAGCCAAUGCUGAUCCCUCACCAUAAAGGCCGCAAGAGGAUGCACCUGGAACUAAAGGACAGCUUGACCCGUAUGAGCAUGGAUUUGAAGAACAAUGUACUGGGAUCAUUACGGACGGCGUGGCAGUCUUUUGCCAGACUACCUGUUGCUGCACUGCCCCCCAUGGAGGCAGCAGAAAAUACGAUAGAGAGAAACCUUCAAGAAACACAGGCCUCAGCGGCAGUCACUGCUUCUGCUAAGAACGAAGAGAAAAGUGAUGAUUUUUGGACUAAAAUACUGGAGUGGCCCAGGGCCCUUCAUAAGCAUUACUUCCAAGGAGUGUGUGAGGAGGCAGAAUCCUCAGUGUCAGCAGAGCAGAAUGAGCAGUCAGAGAUUAAAGUGGGGAUGUUGAAUGGAGGACGAAGGAUUGACUACGUACUUCAGGAAAAACCCAUUGAGAGCUUUAAUGAAUACCUGUUUGCCAUCCAGUCUCAUCUGUGUUACUGGGAAUCUGAGGAUACAGCUCUCCUGCUGCUGAAGGAGAUCUAUGACAAGCUGGGUGUGGCCUUUGAACAGCCACAACAGUAAUAAAAAUUUUAUGAAUGUAAACAUGCUAACAUGACAGAAACCUGAAAGUGAGAAAAUGAAGGACAGCUGACCAAGCCAGAGGCUCCACAAUCCUCUUCCAGAAUGCCUUACCAUCUGGGUGUUACCUGACUGCCCCGCCCUCCCCUCCUCCAGCAGUGACAGACUUGUUUACCUGCAGUCAGGUGAUCGUGUUUCAGAUAUGUCAGUUAACUUUAAUUUGAGGUAGUGGUGGUUUCUUGGUGUCGUUUAAACUCCCACUGCAGGACCGGGUUUGGUGUCUGUUUCAAAUCCACCAAAACAUAACUGUCAUGUACCUGGUCGCACUUUUUUUUUCAAGUCAUUGUUUAUUUUACUUCACUUUGCACUUUCGCUGACAUACUGACAUAUCAUACUUACAGUUGCAGCUGAUUAACAUUGACGAAAAAGGUUCAUGAUAGGCAGAGGACACACAGUACUUGUUCAUGAAAGAAAGACACAUCAAGUUGCAUAACAAGUAUAAUGUUAUGCAACAUGAAUUGUAUGUCAAACUGGAAUUAAUUCUCAGCUGGCAUUUCUGUGUAGGUCACAAAAUAUAUCUUAAACCCCAAAAUAGAAUUAAAAUAAUAGAUUAUAACUUCUAAAAUAAAUAUAUAAAAUAUAUAUAUAUAAAAUAUAACCUAUAUAAUUACACACACACACACAUACAUACAUAUAUAUAUAUAUAUAUAUAUAUAUAUAUAUAUAUAUAUAUAUAUAUAUAUAUAUAUAUAUAUAUAUAUUAGACCUCCUCUGAAUAAAUAACUAGGUCCAGUGGUUUCAUUUGGUUGACUAUAAGACGUUAAGUUUCUAAUUAGGAAGAUGAAGGUUGAUAUUUUGUUUGUUACAAGCUUCCUGGCAGCUCGUUUUUCAUUGCACAGAUGACGUCUUUUACUGACCGUAAACGAAGGUGAAGUUCAUCGUGGCUUCUAAUUACACUUUUAUUUCAUUUGAAAUAUAUAGUUCAGUUUGAUUAUAGCAGCACGUGUAUCUGAAAGAUGUAAUCCUGAUAAAGAUAUGUUUCAGAAACAAAGUACAGAAAUGCAGGUGAUUCAAAGGAGGUGCCUGUUGUCUUUUCAUGGUGUGUUUGCGUGUGUGAGUACAUUAUGUUAUAGCAGUGAGCAAACUGUACAAACUGUAAAGACCAGUUCCACACACUCUCCUUCAGGUCUGUGCCAUUCCUCUUUGAUCAUUCUCUUCUUUCUUCUCUGUUGCAGUUGACUCAAAUUAUAUCUUGCUGUAAACCUAUAACAGCAGUGUAUAUUUUAUUCUAAAAUACUGUUAAUUCCAAAACGGGCUGGGAUCUGACUAACUUUUGCUAAGUCUAAGGGCCAAAUCACAGAUUUUGCUUCAUCUGUUCCUUUGUAUGAAUGUUUUGCAUAAUCACUGUCUCUACUGCAUGUACUUCUUUGUUAUGUUAGAGCAGAGUUUCUCAACAUUUAUUGGUCCUGACUUAUGACUCCUGAUGUCUCAAUAUUUACAUAAUUCUUAUGGACCCAGCAAUAAGAGAGUUGUCACAUUGAAAUCAUAUGAAUUUGAUUUAAAUAGCAUGAUAAAUAGAUUAUACAUAAAUUGUGCGUUCCAAAGCUAAUUAUAUUUAUUUUAUAUAAAAAUAUUUAUAUUUUAAAAAUAUCAUUGUAUCAGUGCUAAAAAUAUCUCAGAUCUGCAUCUGCACAUCUGGACUACAAAGUUGAGAAACUCUUUAUGUUAUAGCGACAUAACUUUAUAAAUAACUGUUAUAUGCACUGUUGGGGCAUCACAGCCUCCACCACCAAAGCUCUGAAUGGCCCGUAUCUCAGCCCUCUGGGUGUAACAUUCACACAAUUACAUAUUGCCCAAAUGGAGUUGUUUGUUUUUUUUCCUUAAGAAAUGCACUGAACACUAUAUUACCAUGUUGGAGUGAUUUCCUUAAACCUCACUGUCAUCCCACAGUAAAAAACAAGACUUAAUCGUCCCUGGCUCCUCUUCUUUACCAUAACUGCUGUUCUGGCAUUUGAUAUUAAUGUGGUGAUAGAUACCAAAAAACAAAUGCUCUCCUUUCUGAAUACAUACUCUAUGAAUAUGGUUACAUGUUGUGUGUGCCAUAAUAAAACAUCACAAGUG